AUGAACCCAUAUGAAGCGGACCCAGAAAGAAUACCUACAACUGACUUGUACGCGGAUGUGCCCUUGUAUGGUCGAUACCGCCCAAAACCUGAUGACUUCCGCGUUGAUCUCCAGCAUGUCAACUCCAAAACAACAGACUCUCUAAGAUACUGGGAGUUGGUUGUUAGUCUCUGCACCAAAGAGAUCCGAAUAUACCCUGCUGACGAAGGCGGGCGGGAUGUUUUUGCUCUUGGUAGCGUGAUCGUGAAGUCCAGUGAUCUUCACGAACGAGAGGGUGCUCAGAUUACGGAGAUUGGCUUCUCAUACGCUGAUGCAAAAUGA